CUGAGGGAGCGCUGCUUCCGGCGGGAGAACCGCGAGAUCGCCGAGUGCCUGCGGGACAGACGCGGCGCCCGAGUGGUCGCGGACUCCUCAGGAUGUCAGCUUCAGUCCCUCAAGGCCAUACCUGGACCCGACAGGUGAAGAAGGAUGCUGAGGAAGAAGACCCCCUGGACCGGCUGAUCACCCGCUCUGGCUGCGCUGCCUCCCACUUCGCGGUGCAGGAGUGCAUGGCCCAGCACCAGGAUUGGCGCCAGUGCCAGCCACAGGUGCAGGCCUUCCGGGAUUGCAUGAGUGAACAGCAGGCAAAACGGCGGGAGGAACUGCAGAGGAGGAAAGAGCAAACCAGUGUCCAUCGCUGAGGCCCUGAGCCCCCAUCCCAAGCAGCUGGCCCUGUGGAAACCAGUGCCUAGGGAGACCCCAGCAAGUGGCAGAAGUCUGGGUCACAGGGUGUAAAACUUGGGCAUAGUCUUUGGGACCAGGGUUGAAAUCCAAACACUGAGUUUGGACAUAAUAAUGAGCUAUCAUUUUAAUGGUCAGUUAAUGGUCAGAUCUCAUGCAUCCACACCUUCUACUGGCAUUUAUAUGUAAAACAAAGAGUUGGAUGUGGGACACUACCCUCACCUUACUUCUUGGGUUCAUGUGCCAAGUACUGAGAUGAUAAUAGGGGCACUUGGACCUUAUAAGUAGGGGGCUAGAGAGAUGGCUUAGCAGCUAAGGCACCUUGCCUGUGAGGCCUAAGGACCCAGGUUCAAUUCCCUGGUACCCACAUAAGCCAGAUGCACAAGGUUGUGCAUGUGUCUGGAGUUCAUUUGCAUUGCCUAGAGACCCUACUGUGUCCAUUCUUUCUCAUAUCUGCCUCUCUCUGUCUCUCUCAAAUCAAUAAAGGAACCUUAUAAUCAAAUUCACAAUGUAAAGGGAAAUUGGCUAACUGUGUUGAUAAUGUGUGAUGUGAUAAGGAGUGUGACAUCUGCCUUCCUGUCGCUAGGGGUCUCAUUUGAGAGAUGGAAAUAAAGCAACACUGGACAUUUAACUUCACCAGUGAUCAGAGCACCUUUA